AUGGAUAAAGACUAUUCUGAAGAUUAUCUGUACAACAAGUCCCUUUCCUCUGCCUAUAGGGAUUUGCUAAUGAAACAAAUGGGACGUCAAAAUAAUUCGAUGGCGGUUGAAGGUGAUGGGUCUGAAGGGGAUUUAGAAGACAUGAGUAAUUACGAGGAGUACGACGUUGGUUUAGAUCAAAGGAAUAAAGAUGACAAUGAUCCAGAAGAUGAUAGUGAAUACUAUAGAAAAUUUAAGAAAUCGCUUGUACUUGAUGAUGAUGAAGGAGUAUCAGAGAUGGAUGAUGCAUGGCUUGAUGAUAACAGUACUGUUGAUGGAGACUAUACCGAUGAGGCUGAUAGAAGUUUUUACGAUGGUGACCAUCAGACUGAAGAAGGAGUAGAUAACGAUGAUGAUGAUGAUGAUGAUGAAGAUGAUGAAGAUCUAGAAGAUGAUGAAGAGGAAUAUCUGGAAGAUGAAGAGGAGCACAUGGCUAAUAGGUAUAGCAUACGGAGAUUAAUUUGUUGGAUUACUUUGGGGAUGGUGUUAUUCUUUGCCAGUCCACUGGCAAGCUCAGGUUUAAAACUGCUGGGAAGUAGCACUACACCUAUUGCGGGGACACCAACUGGUACAACUAGCUUACAAAGACAAAUCAAUCAUCUAUAUAAUGAAUUGGAUCACAGAGAUGACAGGUAUAAAAGUGAUUUUGAUAAAACUAUUAAAGUGGUAAUAUCCCAAUUUGAGAAGAAUAUCAAGAAAUUGCUACCUUCAAAUUUUAACUAUCUGCAAACUCAAUUGGAAUCUCUGACCAACAGAGUUAAUAAUAUCAGCAUAGCACUUUCACGAAGUGUAUAUCCCCAGUUUUCCAUGGAUAAUGUCACUGAGUGGCAACAACAAUUAGUACGUGAAUUGGAAGCUCAGCUACCGCAAGAAAUUCCUGUCGUAGUUGACAAUACUUCAUCAGUGCUUGUAAUUCCUGAACUACACAACUAUCUGACACGAUUAACAUCUAGUUUGAUUGAAAAUUCACAUCCAUUGGAACAGCCACUGGAGUAUGAUCUGAGUCUUUACGUCAAAGAAAUUUUGGCAAACCAAUUCCAAUAUGUGGACAAGGAUUUCUUUAUCAAGGAAUUGAACAGGAAACUACAACUGAAUAAGCAAGAAAUCUGGCAGGAGAUGGCAGGUAAAUUUGAUCAGUGGAAAAUGGAAAAUAAUCCUAAUAAUGGAGUUCCCCAACAAUAUUCCACCAUUCUUUUGAAAAAACUAAUUAAUCAAAUCUACAACAGUAACCAACACCAAUGGGAGGAUGAUUUAGAUUUUGCGACUUUCUCUCAAGGCACAAAACUAUUGAAUCACUUGACUUCAUCUACUUUAAAACAAGGCAAUGGAGUCAAUCCAAUGGAAUUAUUACAGGAAUCUAAAUACGGGCCUUCCACCUAUUGGCAGUGUGCUAGUCCCAAAGGUUGCUCUUGGGCAAUAAGGUUCAAAGAACCUGUUUAUUUGACAAGAUUGUUUUACUCGCACGGUCGUUUCAGAAACAAUCUUCAAAUGAUGAACUCCGCCCCCAAGACCAUCUCCGUUUACGUAAGAUUAGCCACUGGUGACGCUUCCAAAAAGUUGCUUGGACUCGCCUCUUCUUUUAAGAUGGGUACAAGGUUCGCUGGUGAUAACCAGCACAUUCUAAUCGGUCAAUACAACUACAGACUCACAGAUAAUAGGAUAAGACAACCACUGCCUCUACCGACCUGGUUCAUCCAACUAAAACCUUUAGUGAGGUCUGUCGUUUUCCAGGUUGAUGAAAACCAUGGCAACAAACAAUUUACCUCUUUACGCAAAUUUAUCGUCAAUGCUGUAACACAACAGGAUUUACAAAUAAUGGAAUCCAAUGCCUUUCCCUUAAUAUCUAAUGAUCCAGAGUACGCCUCGUCGUCAACUUCGGCGCCUCAAAUCGAAGAUAAGCCCCGUGUGGCUAUUGCACAUGACAAUGACCAAGGUAUCCCAUCGUUUGGUCAAGACGAACUUGAUGAAUGA